CGAUCAAAACGCAAGAGCGAGAGAGAGGGGAAAUGGAAAUCUUCACAGUUAACCAACUAAACAAAAAAUGGCGCUACAAUUCCACUCCCCAUCUUCUCUCUUCGACCAACCUUAUCAUCAUCUUCCCCAACCGCGCUUCCUCAUCUCCCCGGCGAAGCUGAAUUUCUCGAUCAGAUCGGAGAAUCCCUCCACUGAAGCAGAACCAGCCAACGACCCUGCUCCGGCGAAGAAAUCCUCCGCCGCCGCGGCCGUCACCCCUGGGAUAGGUUUCGGCUCGCCAUCUCCUCCGGCUUCUAGUGGUGCGAGCAGUAAGAAGAAGACAAAGGGGAAAAGAGAGAGGGCGGCCAUAAUCAGGCGGUCUCCCGUCGAGAAGCCGGAGUUCAUCGGUGUUCGGGUAGAUGAAGCUAAAGCGAAAGAGCAGGGGAAGAACGAGAGUGCUUUUGUUCUCACCUGGUUAGGGCUCGGCGGAGUCAUUCUUGUUCAGGGUAUUCUGCUCUCGGCAUCAGGGUUCCUGCCAGAAGAAUGGGAUAGGUUGUUUGUGAAGUAUCUGUAUCCAACUUUUACCCCAACUGUUGGUUUGUUUGUUGCUGGGACUGUUGCAUAUGGAGUCCUGAAGUAUCUGCAGAAUGAGAAUCUGAAGGACGAUAAGUGAUAAUAGGCAGAGAAUGCCAGGCCAGGCUGGCCAAGAGCUCCACAAUUUGUCGGAAGCAAUGCUCGUAGAGAAGGGUCAUUUCUCGGAAUUCGGAUCGUUAGGUUGUACUAUGUUGUAGCUGUAAUUAAUGGGAUAAAGAUGUACCAAGCUAGGAGAUUCAGAACAACACUUUCUUCAGCAGGGCGAUUUGGCGUAUCAAGACGAGCAGAAACAUGACUGUAUGUGGUGUGUAGGUUAAAGUUUUGGGGUAGGUGUAUGAACAUAGCACUCUGAAUGGACCCCGAUUGCUUGCUUGUGUUAGCAAUGGAACUUGAUCUCUUUCCAAUGGUGCCCGUGUUUGCGUGUUUGUAACUUGAUCAUUGCUUUUGGAUGUGUUAAGCUGGAAUCUGAUCAUUGCUUUUUUCGAAGUGCCACUGUUUAUAGUUCUUCGUACUGGUAAAACCUGAAAACUGUGCAAUGUUGUUCCAAAGGGUACUUUGCCAUUGGCCUCUAUUCUGUGAGCUUGUGUAGGGUGCCAUGUCAGAAGUAAAAUGCUUGUCAAAUGUCAACGAGUCAUUUUAUCCCCACACAUAAGGAUUAUCUUCCACUGAUCAUGAUUAAUAUUCAGCAUGCAAUCUGAAGAACUUAGGAUAUUGAAAGCUUAAGUCUGGGUUUGUUGAAUAUAUGCUGUAAUGAGAAAGUAGACAUGCUAGUGGUUGAAUUCUUGAAGAUUGAAUGUGGUGGCAACAUGAUUAUCUGACCAGCAAAACCUAGGUAUAUGAUUAGUUGAGUGGUACUUUUCUCUAGUGGAUCUACCUGACUUUGAGACAACUUAUUGUGCUGUCAGUCUUUAGACUUCCCCUUUUCUUCUUUCAUUUGGAACUUGGAGCAGAUAUGCAGUAUCUGCAGUACAGUAGAUAUGAUUCCUCAAAUUUCAAGGAUUUCAUUUUUGUUGACUGUAGCUGCAAUGAUUGCACGUGAACACAAACAGCUUACAGGUAUGAUAUAUCAUAUAUGUCCACUCUGUAAAAGCUAUAGAUCAGUACUCUUCCAGAGCACUUACUUUUGAAGCCAAGGUUCAACUCCAUCACUAUCUUGUUGUGAUGUGUGAAGCAAGAGGAUCGCUAGGUAUUGAAGGUGAAACCUCAAGAACUGCUGGUCCUUGAAAUUUUUAACAUUAAGAAGGCUCAGCCAUGAAAUUUCAAGAGAACAACAGACAUUAAUAUUCUUCCUGCCGGCUUGGUGUUUCAUAUAUAUGUGAUGAAUGCAUAUUAUCUCGGCAACUGUUGUAACAGGUUAGUUCUCAUUUAUAUGUAAUCAUUUUUUUGUGCUUAUAUAUCUAUUGUGAUGAUGUGAUUAUAGGCACACAAUUGAACUUGCAUCUGAUCUAGCUGACAGUAUUUUCAAUGUUUUGCUUUGCAUGCUAGUCCCAGAUUGAUUCCUAAUGCUGUUAGUUCCAGCAAUAAAUUGUACUAGUAUAGUAGAUGCUUAUUUCUACUGCUAGGUGACCUUUAAGGCCAUAUUCUCAAUGGUUGUAAACUAAGAAUCUAAUACCCUUUAUUAUAGCUUUAGUUAUGAGCUAUGGGGAGCUGCUAAGAGGGCAGGUCUGAAUUCUUACAGUGAAUCUUCAACCAUUACAUGGUUCACCUUCUAUCAUUGAAUAUUGCUCCUCAUAGACUGGCUGGUUCAACCACCGAUCAUAACAUGUGAGAACUAAUCUCGAGCUACCAUCUUUAGCAUCUCUUUAUGAGAUCUGUCAAGAGUCAUCUUCAGCGGACCACAGAAUCAUUUCAUUGUUUGCUGUAGAAUGGUUGUUUAUGUAUAUUGAUGCAAUGUUAUGUUAGCACCCGUUUUCAGCCAUUCUCUGCAAAUUUUAUGUGAAAAGAAUAGGAUGACAAGAAUCAUUUCAUUACUUUGUUGAUGUCCCCCCUCACAAAUCCCAAACAAAGAAUCAUGAUUUCCAAUCCCAUUAUUGUUUUACCCCAAUGCUAAUAAAAAUUUUCACCAACUUUUGCUAUGUGCUCUCUCUCUCUCUCUCUCUCUCUCUUUUAGCACUUUAGGUUUUUGCAUUGAGUAGCUGAUAUCAAGUGCAUUGAAAUCAAAAGAUAUGUAUAGGACUCUGUUUAUGAUAAGGACAGUUGUCCCUUUGGCAUCUUGCUUUUUGGAAAGGGCUCUAAACAGGGAAUGAUACUUCCCCUUCUUUCCCAUCCAGCUUUCUUUGUUCCCUCCUGAGUCCUGAUCAUCUUUUGUUUCUUUCAUGGCAGUCAUUUGAUUGUGGUCUCGGCUCGGCUGCCACUUUCCGUUGGUGCCCUCUGGCUACUACUGAAUGUUACCUGCUUCUGUUUUGUGUUCUUUUCAUGGUACUACAGCAACUUAAUAAUAAGCUAACCACAGUUACGGUGGGCUCGGUGUGGUUCGGUUCAUAUCCAGAUCGAACCAGCUGGUUUCGAAAGUGCAUUCGAUCCAAUUUGAUAUUGCUCUGUUUCGAUUCAGUCCAUUUAUUGCUACGUAUGUAUUUACUGGAAGCAACUCCCGAAGAAUAGUUAAGAAUAUGAGAAUGAAAAGCAAAUUGAAUC